UUUGCUCAUCCUCCAGGAGAGAGGAGAAAGUCCAACGUCAGCCUCUCGAGUUCAAACCUGUCUGGACAAAAAAAAAAAAAAACGCUGUCUUGCAAAGAAAGAUUUAAAGGACAGGGCAUGACUUAGUCUAAAUGUUAAACUGCCAGGGUAGGAGUUAGCAGUUCAGCUGUGGUGGAUUGUGUCUAUCAGGCCCUGUUGGUGGAUGUGUGUGAGGCUGGAUGUGAGAGGAUGAGUGUGUUCCUGCUGAUCCUAUGUGUGGCUCUGCUGCAGCAGGAAGGUGGAGCCCGGCCGGAGCCUCCAGGCUGCAGCAGCCCCGAGGCCGUGCGAGUGGCAGAAGAAACUCUGGAGCAGAUCAACCAGGACGGGACACACGGAUACGUCCUGUCAUUCAACAGACUGUACGACGUCUCUCACAGCACGGACACGAACGAUGGGUCCCUCUACAGACUGACCGUGGACGUCUUGGAGACCAAAUGCCACAUCACCAGCAGGAAGCCAUGGAAACAGUGUGAAGUCAGAGAUGUUUCUGACGUUCCAGUUUACGGAGAGUGUGAGGUCUCCGCCUCCUUUGACACUCAAGUCAAACUUCAGAGCUACUCCUGUGUUCUUCGUGAAGUCUCCGCUCUUUCGGUGAUGAACACGUGUCCAGACUGUCCCACCGCUAACGACAUGAGCGAUCCCAUCGUUAUGGAAACGGCCAAACUCUCGCUGCAGAGGUUCAACAAGGAGAGUGGUCUGGGGAACGUCUUUGCUCUGGGGAACAUCACAAAAGCCAGUUUCCAGUGGGUGGUUGCUCCGUCGUACUUCGUGGAGUUCACCAUCGUGGAGACGGUGUGUUCAAAGAAGACUGAGGCCAGUGAGCUGAGCAGCUGUUUGCCUAUGGACUGCCAGUUUGCUCACCGAGGUUUCUGUUCCGGUUCACACAUGAGCAGUGAGGACGAGGACGAGUUUGACUUCCAGCCACUCGUUCGAAAAAGAAUCAACUCGAGGAACGCAGUGGAAGUAAAGUGUGAGAUCUACGAACCUCAGGCCGCUGCUGUGGAGGAGCAGCUCCAUGCACGAGCUGACAGUAAACACACCGGGCUCCAGCUUCACAACCACACACACCUGCACCCCCACGAGCACGAGCACGCCGUCACACCCGGCCCUGACGCCACUGUCUCCAAACCACGGGGCUCCCUGGGGACUGUGGUGAUGAAACCUGCUGCUCCCAGAUCUGCCCCGGCUGCCAGCUCCUGCCCCGGCCCCCGAAGCCACGAUCUGGACAUAUUCAGGGUCAAACUCUGACCGCCUGCGUCUACUUCCUGCAUGUUGUUGUAUAGAUGAGACACGAGAUUGUAAAAUGAAAGAAAAUGUUGAGUUUUACCAACGAUAAUCCUUGUUAAUAAUCAGAUUACAUUAACUGUUUGAUUAAAGCAUUUAUAAAGCUGGAA